AGACAGCCUUCAAAUAUCUGGCGACCUCUUCAGAUCUUUUCUUCGAAACGCACUUGGAAACGUAUACUACUGGCUCUCAUUUUGAAUUUCUAGACUCUUUUAACAUAACGCUUUUGUUGUUGCCGGCUGUCAUUGUCUGCAUUUGUUUUUAAAUAUUUCCUCUUACGCUCCCCAGGCGCGCACCGUACCUUCAGUUCCAUCACAAACCACUAAAUAUUAUCACCGAAUCAGAGGGUCUGCUCCUAGGGCAUUUCUAGCCUUUCGGUAGAGUCACACAUAACGCCGAACAUGAUGGAUGUUGAUGAGAUUGAAUUCAAGGAUCCUCCAGAAUUCAUCAAAUAUGUUUGUAGCAGGUUAAAUAUGACUAAGGAAGAAUUUCGAGAGGAGUUUCAUGGAGCAUGCGUCAAUGGACACUUCGAUUCUCCUGUUUUUUCUACUGUGCGAAAACUGUUCCGCUUUCACUGUUUCUGUACAAGCCGAUUCAGGACUAAAAACAAAAUGCUAUGCACGACUAAGCUUUUUGAGUAUCUUAUAUCAGGGGACUUGGGAUUCGAUAACCUGAGACGCAAACUGAAAGAAUAUGAUUACUCUGCAAGAUGUAGUCUUGUAUGGACAACUAAUUAUUUUGCUUAUCGCUGCAGAACGUGUGGAAUGUCUCCCAGUAUGUCUCUCUGCAGCUCUUGUUUCACUGCCGGUAAUCACAAAGGACACGAUUUUAACAAGUUCAAAAGUCAUGCUGGUGGUGCAUGUGACUGUGGUAACUCAAGUGUUAUGAAAGAGUCUGGAUUUUGCCGUUUUCAUGGACCAGAUAAAGUACAUAAUCGUCCAGUACCCCCUGAUGAUUUAGUUGCUCCUCUUAGAUGUUUACUUCCAAGUUUCUUAUCUGCUUUGUUAUACUGGCUGUGGGAACAUGGCAGGGAUAGUGAAGGAUUGAAUUUUAAUGAAGAUGAUACUCCUGCUAUUUCAAUUCUUCACGCAUUACAUGCCAGUGGAUGGGUUACUCAAAAAAUGAUAGCUGACGUUAUGAUUGACAAGGCAGUUUAUGAAAAGUUAAUAUUUGAAACUGAAAGUCGGAGAGCAUGUGCAGACUACCAACUAAGCGUAUCCAGUAAUCCUGAAUUCGAAUUCCCUCCUAUUAUAAGCAAUCAAAAUUUAGUGCAUCAAACACUUUUGGAUGCUUUUAUUUUCUCAACUAUAAAAUUACGCUUUCCGGAAAGUUUGGUCACAUUCUUAAUUGGAUUGUUAGCCGUUGAAGAAUUCAAGGAUGAAUUUAUUCAAUCCUAUCUUAAUCAUUAUACACGUAUAGCUUCAACUGUUCUACUUUCAGCACGUGCACGUAUUGCACCUGAAUCAUCAUUACAAAUGAAUAAUCGUAUUGUACAUAUAUCAGUACAAUUGUUCAGUGGUGAAGAAUUAGCUCUACGUGUAAUUCAACAAAAAAAUCUACAUCAUCUACUUGUACAUUGUUUAUUAAAUAUGCUGACAUGUUGUUGUACUCGUUUAGACGAUCGAAACAAUAUGGUGCUUAAUUGUGAUGGGAUAUUAAUUCAAAACAAUGUAUUUUGGCCAUUUGUUUCAGAUCUUAGUAAUUUAGUCUCUCAUAAAUCAAUAGUUGAUAUACUUAUUGAAGAUGCGGAUUUUUUAAGUGCAUGGACUAAAUUAUUACGAUAUAUGCAAUUUAUGAAUUGUUUUACAAUGAAAGUAGGCGAUCAUAUUGAAUAUGAAACAUUGACAUUUUAUCAUGCAUUUACAAUGGAAGUUGAAAUCAGUUCAGCUGCAAUGUGGAAUUUUUGGCGACAUUGUCGAUUGCCAUCUGAACGUACACGUUGCCUAUUAUAUACCAAAGCUUGCUUGUCAACAUUAGCCGAUUUACUGAAUGGACUAGGUCGACUAAUUAGUCCAACGGUACCAGAAAGUCGACCAAUACGUUCUGCACUUAGUCUUCAUCUACCAUUGAUGCGCCAUGUUUCUUGUUUUCUCCAUUUAUCCACUAUGAAACAUGGUAUGAAUGUAAGACAGUUAUUAAGUGAUUACCUCUUACCUAAACCACGCUUAUUACGACGUUUUAUGGAACAUUUAGUGAAUGUUUUGUUAGGCUGUCAUGAAGUGCUUAUCGGUUAUUGGAUACGUAAUGGUCAAGGUGUUAGACAAUCUGUUUCACAUUAUAUGCAAAGUCAAUUUUGCUAUUCAUUCAUUGAUUUGGAUAUAUUUGCAUUACAAUUAUGUACAGCUCUGUUACCACCUGCGUAUUUUUUAAACGCUUUAGUCGAUCAAACCAAACUGUUGAAAGGAAUUUGUUUUCAUAAUGAAUUGUUAAGUCUAGUUACAGAACCGGAAGUGAAAAAUCUUGAUCGUAAACCAAUGGCUUUAGAAGCUUGGCUAAUCAAUUUAUGUUGGAUAUUGGAUUUGCGUAAUAAUCUAGGAUUAUCUGAAGAAGAAUUAUUAGUGAAAGAGAUUGUUUCUGUGUUAGCUCCAGAGCCUAGAAAACGUAGUGAUUUAUCUAUUCUAAUCCCUGAUCGUUGUGGUGUAAUUAAUUCAACGAAUAAUUUAGAUUCAGUACUGAACAAGGUGGCAACUUAUUCUGCACCGUCAUGUGAUGAAACUUCUGGUAGUCUCAUCAGUGGUCAUUAUUUUCUUAUGCCUAGUUUAUGGCAUACUGAUUUUGAUCCAAUUUUUCAUUUACUUCGUGUAACCAGUCGAAGAGAAUCAAGUUUAGCUAUGGAGAAAUAUCGUGAACAUUGUCGCCAACGUCAUGGUAUUAAAAAUAUAUCUUCACUGUGGCCACCAUUUCGUAAACCGAAAGAAUUACCACCAGAUUUUCGUGGUUUGGAUCAUGUACUACAUAGUCGUCAUUUGCAUUAUAUGAUUUUUAUACAACUGAGUUUAUUUGUCUAUGGUGAUCCAUUGGUAACAGAAGAAAGUUUAGCUAUGAUUAUUCACUUAAUCAAUCGAGCAUUAGAUGUUCCAUGUCGUUUAGCAAGAAAUAAUAGAAAAACUUGCACUAAGAUAUUUACCAAAAAUCAAACAUCCGGGAAUGAUGAAUCAAAUUUGCCUACUUCAUCAGUGGAUAAUGUUAAUAAUUAUGGAGCUAGUAACACACUGUUAACUGAACAAAAACAAACACAAGAAUUAAACGAAACACAUCAAUCCCUACAACAACAACAACAACAACCACGACAAGAUUCAGUUACAGAAAAAUCUCAAAAAUCUUACACGGAUGACAUUAUUAUGGAUUGGGAAAAGGGUAGAUUUGAAGAAGUUUUAGAAGAUACUGACUCUGAUCGAUUAGAUCAAAUUGAAUAUGAUGAUGAUGAUGAUGACGACGAUGACGAUUAUUAUGAUGAUGAUGACGAUAACAAUGACAAUGAUGAAACUGAUGCCGGUGCUCAAAUUUCAAAUGAUCGUGAUAUCAAUGGAUUAAAUAUUGAUUCACAACGUAAUAAAACCAGUAAACGUCGUAAUUAUCGUACAUCGCGUGUAUGGCGUCGUCAACCAUGGAGUUCGCUAUGUCCAUUGCCAUCAACUCCGUCAUUUUCAUCAUCAUCCAAUACUACUACUGUUACUAAUGAUCAGAAAAAAACUUGGGAUACUACUUUAAUUAAUUGUCCAUAUGAACCACAUACAAGUAUACAAGAUAAUUUAAAUUGUUGGCUUAUGAUAUCCAAGUAUAAUAUUCCACAAGUUUCUUGUGCUCAAGUUAUGCUUGCUAGUUUAUCAUUAAAUCAAGGAUCAAAUUUAAAUAGUAUAUUAAAUACUGUACCUAUAGUAUCAAAUAAUGACAUACAAACUGAUUGUAAACAUGUUAUGCUGGAUAGCAUUAUUUCCUUACUUAUCAAAGCACAUGCCCGUCUUUACUGGAGUCGUAUUGUCGGUGGAGCUGACUCUAUUCCAAAGGUUUCUUCUGGUGGUUCACUAUUCACUGAUCCUAAUUUGACUGCUCAACAAUCUGGAACAACAGAUUCACCAAUAAUGGUAACAACAAUGUCAAAUAUAAAUGUAGGUGGCAACAAUCCUAUAACAUUAGGUCAAAAUCAAGUUAAUGCUAGUUGGGAUAAUUUGCUUGACCCUUCUCCAAAGCACAAUACUGUUACUCAUAAUACUACUGCAAAUAAUAAUUGUCUAACUCCUCGUUGUAUGGCUGUUUUAAUGCCAAAUGAACGGCGUGAAUGUUCAAAUUUGAAUGAUUCUAGUAAUCGUAAUAUAUCAUCAUCCUCUACAUCGAAUAAUGUGAAUCUUACUCCUUCGAUUAUUGAAAGUCUACCACCUGAACUACGUUAUUUUGCUUCUUCUAAACCGACUUAUUUCCUACCCGAAGAAAGGAAUAAAUCAACAAAUCAUCAAGAAUCAGCGAAUACUACAGAAACGUACAGUUCAUGCACAACUAAUGAUGAUCAUUCUCUGACGACAUCAAUAAAUGAUGAAUGUCAUUUUACAAAUUUCGGUGAUGGUGCUUAUUGGAUAGAACGAUUAUUAGAUAAAAUUGCAUCUUUAUCAGAAAAUAAUAAAUCAGCUAUUAAAAUGUAUUUAACUAGAGCUAGAUCACCAUAUAAACAAGUGGUGCAAUUACAUACACUUCAACCAAUGGAUGCUAUUUCAUCAUCAUCAUCAUCAAAUAUUGAAAAACAAAGUGAACAGAAAUCACAAUUAGCAGCAACCAUGCCAUGUAAUGCUAAGAAAAUGGAUGAUAGUGUAGAUGGGAUCGGUUUAAGCAAUGACAUUGAUGUUUCAUUCUCGUCAACAAAUGAUGGUAACUCUUCAACUAAUCAAAAUACACCGAAUUCAUCUUAUCUUGCAACAACAUCAGCUGUCGGUAAUCGUGAUGAACGUAAACGUGCUGCACAAGAACGACGUAAACGACUCAUGGAACAAAUGGCAUCUAAGCAAAAAGCAUUUGCAUCUACUCAUUUAAAGGAUAUGGAAUCGCUUAAUCAACAGACAAUUGAUCGUAAAGAACAGUUAGAUGACAGUGAACCAAUGUAUGAAUGUGUGAUUUGUCAAACGUCCGGUCGACCAUCAGUGGAUGAUAUGGUUCUUUUAGACUUAAUCUGUGAAUCAAGUCUUAUGCUUCAGCUUCGUGAAACUGCUUUGAUACCAACAUUAUCCGGUCUAGAUCUUAGCCAGUCAUUGAGUGAUCCUCUUUUUGUUAUCCAGAAUGACGACUUAUCAUGGUUGUCACCAGAGCGACCACCUUUUACUAGUUCAUUGCAAGAUUCUCAGCUAACUAAUUCAACCAACACUGAUAAUCCAUCUUCAGUUAGUGGUAGUAGUCAAGCUCCAGCAGGAAUUGUUGGUCUACCAAUCAAUCCUAUAACAGCUAAUGCUACGUUUAAUCCUUCUGGAGUAUCACGUACAAAGCGUUCAUCGACGUCAUCGUCAUCAUCAUCGUCAUCUCCUGAACCUCAAACUCUACCUGAUAAUAAACGAUCAAAACGUCAAACAUGUUAUACUGAAUCUCGUCAGUGGUGGAGUAAUGCGAUACCCUUUCCAAUAUAUAGAACAUUACCUCUACUACAUCCAGGACUUUUAUUACAAACCUGCGGUCAUGCUGUUCAUCGAGAAUGUUAUGAGCGUUAUUGUACACACGGAUGUAAUCGUAAUACUGCAACAGAUCGUUAUUGGGUUGUAUGCCCUCUGUGUAGAAGACCUGUUCAUCAUCUUUUACCAUUGGUUCCAUUGAAUAAAUCUGAUAAAUUUAACAAUGUACAACAAUUAUUCCCCUCUAUAGACUAUGGUCAACAAAAUAUCUCAAUUCUUUUAGGUAGACUAAAUUCGUUACCACAUACUGGUUCAACAUUCUGGGAUGAUUUAAGUGUUUCGGAGCAAAAUUCUCAUCGUCAAGGUAUAAUGUUCGACAGAAUUGGUGGUAAAUAUGAAGCUACUCUAUUGUUAAGAUGUCAACUAGAAUGUGAACUCAGUGUUCUGAUGAGUUAUCCUUCACAAUAUUCCAUGGUAUCACGUCGAUGUUAUUGGCGUGAAUUUAUUUGUUAUCUCCGAAAAAUAUAUGAUCAGUCAUCAGAUAUUAAGAUUUUACUACAAUGUCUUAUGGUUGAUGAAGUAGUGCAAUCGGAAACUGACACUGUUUCUCUUCGGUUUCCAACGUUUGCUUUGCUUCAAGAUCCAAUUGAUAUUCUACUUGGAUUAUUACCUCAUAUAUGGCCACAUGAAGGUAUUUUUCAUACAAUCUUAGCAUCAUUAUUCUGUUUGGCUUAUAUACGUGCUCUUAUCAGUGUUACAUUGAAUCGUUCCACCUUGUCAACAUGUUUUAAUAUUUUUCAACAAAUCAAUGAAACACGACAUUUAUUAAGUAAAAUUUCUGGUGUUUUAGCAAACCAUUUAGAUAUUUUACUUAAAUAUUUAAGUGAAUUAUACAUGUCAUCUAUUCUUUCGACUUCUCAUCAUCAUCAUUAUACUAACCAUCUUCAUGUUACGCAACAAGAUCAACAGUGUCAUUCAUCUGAAUCCGUAGAAAAUACUUAUCAAUCAUCGACAGAAUUAGAAUGUACACUAAAAAUGCUCUAUCUAGCAUCAAAAUUACCAGAUGAGAAUUUAUUUAAUCAGUCCUCCUCCUGCUCAUCAUCAUCAUCUUCAACAACACCACCAACCACUGCACUGCCUUCUCUUCCAAUAGAAUAUGAUCAACAUCAAAUUGAAUUACAUAUUAUUCUUCGUGUACUACCAUUUCUACGUAUUGCUAGUUUAUGUUGGGCACGUUGGCAUCCAGAUAAUAUUGGUACUGUGAAACCGUUAGGUUUACCAUUUGUUGGAUUAUUAACAAAAUCAAUUCAGAAAAGUAUUGAUCAUGAUUAUCAAUUGUCAGCAAAAGAAUUUGUGUCUGUAACACCGGAGCAACAAUUAAUUGAAUUUAGUGAUCUUUGUCGUAUACUUUCAUUGGAUUGUGGAGAGAGUACAAUGAUUAAUGUAAGCCAAGUUGGUGAAUUAGCUAGUCGUUUAUGUGGAAUAUGUCCAUCAACUAAUAAUAAUAAUAAUAAUAAUGCUAUAGAAUGUCUUAUUAAUCGUUGGAUUGGUCAAAUUAAAAAAGCAUCAUCUAUUAGUCAUUCAACUAAUUCAUCAACACCAUUAAUUACACAAUCAUCAACAACAACAAUAUCAUCAUCAUCAUCAUCAUCGUCAUCAUCAUCUUGUAUGCUUAAUAAUAUGCCUUCACAAAUUAGACGAACUAAUCAUAUCAAUCAAUUGUCAAAUAUUAAUAAUCGAUAUAGAUUAACAACUCAUGAUGGAAAUUAUCCAUCACUUAAUCUGGAAACAUCGAAUUGUAUUCAACAUGUAGCAGAUUAUCUACGAUCAUUAGUAGAAAUUGGUCGUCAAUUGUAUUCACCACGUCUAAUACGUACACCAUCAUCAUUUGAUGUAUUAUUCAAUGCAUUACAUUUGGUGAAUUGUUCAUCAAAUCAACAUCGAUUUCAAGAGAAUAUUUUAUGUCUUAUUUGUGGAACUUUAUCAUGCACUUUAUGUAGUAAUCUAACUAGAACAAUUGUUGAUCAUAGCCUUGUGUGUGGUGGUUUCUCUGGUGUAGUCCUUGAAGUUAACACUUCCAUUGUUUACGUAUCACUUGGAACAUAUGUUAGUGAUUGGGGUUCAGUUUAUUUAGAUGAAUAUGGAGAAGAAGAUUUAGAAUUAAAACGUGGAAAACCAUUAUUCUUAAAUGCUGAACGAUUUGCUCUCUUAGAAAAUCAAUGGAUCACACAUUCAUUUCGUCAUGUAUUAAAAAAUUGGCGAUCUGUUUAAAGCAAUCAAACGGAACAAACACACACACACACAACCAUACUUAGAUACAUUUAUAUUUAAAAAAAAUAUAUGUCAUGUGUGAUAAACUCAGUGUUACAAUACCGCCACUAUCAUCUCCAUAGAGUACAUUGUCAGGACAUGUCCACUUAGAACAGCUGUCCAAUAGAUAUAUAUAUAUAUGCACUGCAGUAAAUAUUUAAAUUUAUUUUUUACUAAUUCUCACGGAAGUUGUCUUUUUUUUCUUAAAAAAAAAAUAAAUUAAAACACCAUGUGACAACAAAUAAAUAAAAAAACUAUGAAAACAAAAAAUAAACUGAGCCACACAGUCCCUAUCUUCUCGUUUCUUCAACGAUUUGUUGAUAAUAAACGAUAGGGAAGAACUAUCUUACUCAUUUUACUCAUGUGUAUAAUGUGUAUGGAAAAUGAUAUAUAUAUAUAUAUAUAUAUAUAUACUGGUGUCCAAUUAUCAUCAUUUUCUUCAAUGCUCACUGUUGUCUAACAUUAAAGCAAAGCAUGUGUGCGUUUUAUUUUUGUGAUAUCAAGAAUAUUCAAUCAUCAUAUAAAACAGUCAACUAAUCACUUCAACUAUGUGUUAAGUUUUUGUUUUAAUUCUGUUUAAUUAACUUUAACAAAUUAUUCUUUGCGUUCAUUUGUAGUAGUAACACAAUAUUUUCUUUUUCAUUAAAAUUGCUGAAAGAAAAAUCUUUAUUCAGUUAGACAGAGCUAACAUGGAAUUGGGUUUUUAUAUAUUCAUUUAUUAUUCUUGUUGUUGUUACUAUUAUUAUUAUUUUCAAUGAGUGAUAUUGACGUCCUUCCUAUUCGUGAUUAAUUUGUUUCCAACUAGUAUUUUCAUUUCAUUUGUUUUGUGUUUUACUAAAUACAUCGCUUUCUUUUUUCACACAAAUAACACAAUUGUAUUGGUCAUCAUUUUUGAAUAUGCGUGAUUAUAUAUAUAUUGCGGGUUUCUUGUCCUGCUUCUCUCCACUAGUACUCUCGUCAUGUAUAGAAGUAAUCAUCAGUCUUAAAUACUACUACUACUACUACUAACAAUAAUAAUAAGUAGUUAUUACUGGUCAUUUUUAGUUAGCUCUCGUUGACUACACUCUACUUAUCAAAUUGUGUGAUAUAACUCUAUCGUCAUCACCACUAUAUAUAUAUAUAUAUAUAUAUA